AGAUUAUUGUAAACAAGAAUUCGGUCGCUGGCAUGUUGUGAUGGGAGAAACGGACCUUUUCGAAACUCCGAGUCAAUUGAACCAAAUGCAUCGCAUAAUGAUUCAGUGAUUCGAAUCGCUUGAACCAUCGCGCGCUGACGACACAUACUGGUUAAAACAGAAACACAAACGUGUAAUAACAACUUUUACAAACCAACUGCAAAAGUUUUCAUGAAAGUAGAAUUUAUUAAGUAAUCUACAAAUCAGUAAAUACCAAAGAAAAAUCAAAUAUCCAAAUAUGAAAUGUUUGUAUAAUUUGUGCUCUUUUAAUUUGAAGCACUAGUUUUGAGUGUUUUUUUGUCUAAUCAGGUCAUUUAAGACCAUUAACUCUCACUCUGACUGACUCUCUUUUACCAGUGCACUGAUUACUGAACUAUGGAGCUGACUGAGACACACUGAGAGAUUUGGAUUUAUUUUUCUUUCUGUUAAUUAUUCUCAUCUUAAACAUGACAGAUUGUCCAAACACAGAGAAAAACUCCUGGUGAAGCAACUGAGAUCCACGUGACACUAUUAUAAAGAUGGCGUUUAUUAAAGAGGAGAGUGAAGAUUUGAGGAUUGAAGAAACAUUCAGAGUGAAACAAGAAGAUACUGAGGAACAAACAGACUUGAUGCUGCUGAAAGAGGAGACUGAAGUACUAGAUGAAAUGGAGGAAGACCAGUAUGAGAAACAUCAUGAUUUCACAACUGGAGAAAAAUUUAGUUGCUCAGAGACUGAAAAUUCAUCCUCACGAAAAACAGAAACUACAAGAUAUUUCAACUGCCAGCAGUGCGGACAGAGUUUUACUAAAAAAGCAAACCUUAAAAUCCACAUGAGUGUUCACACCGGUGAGAAGCCUUUUACCUGCCCUCAGUGUGGAAACAGUUUCUCUCAAAAAGGAAGCUUUAACAGGCACAUGAGAAUUCACACUGGAGAGAAACCUUACAUGUGCUUUUUGUGUGGAAAGAGCUUCACAGCAGAACUAAACCUGAGAUGUCACAUGAACCUUCACACUGGAGAGAAGCCAUUCAAAUGUGAUCAGUGUGGAAGGAGUUUCAGACAUAAAGUGACACGUAAUUACCACAUGAGAAUUCAUUCGAGAGAGAUCAGUUUUAUAUGUCAUCAGUGUGAAAUGAGUUUCACAGACAGGAAACACCUUAAGAAUCACGUAAUAACUCACACUGGAGAGAAGCCAUUCAUGUGCCAUCACUGUGGAAAGACUUGCAUAAACAAAGCAAAUCUUGAUAUUCACAUGAGAGUUCACACUGGUGAGAAGCCUUUCACCUGCCUUCAGUGUGGAAAGUGUUUCACACGUAAAGCAAACCUUGAAGUUCACAUGAGAGUUCACACUGGAGAGAAGCCUUUUACGUGUCUUCAGUGUAAGAUGAGUUUCACAUAUCAAAGAGACCUGAAUCGUCAUUUGCAAACUCAUCCUGUAAAUACAUUGCAGUGUUCCUCAGUGUGACAAUGUGUCCUGCAAAGUUUAGCUCCAACCCAAAUUAAACACACCUGAACCUAAUCAAGCUAAUACUAGGCAUAUUAGAAACAUCCAGGUUGUUGUGUUGAGGCAAGUUAGAGCUGGACACCCUUGCUUUAGGAGAUGUUCCAAAUACUUGAAGCUGGCAGUUAUCAAACCCCUUAUGAAAAAGUUUUACUCAGGAGAGCUGGUUUAUAUCUAAAAUAUUUUAUGUCUAAAAUAUGUUCAGUUUUGCAGAGUUACGGUAUUUGUGAACAAUUUCAGUCAGGAUUUAAAUCCCAUUGUUGCACAGAAACUACUGCUGAGGUCUCUGAAUUAUGACUGUUGCACUGUGACAGUGGAACAGCAGCUGAAAGGCUUAGCCUAAGUCAGGAUUAGAGCUUAGUACAAUUAAUUAGUAUUUGGGGGCUGCACUGUGAUCUUUAAAUGGGGUCUUUUAAUAUGUCAUCAAAUGCUUCUUGCUUUUUUUUUUAUAUGCAUGCCAAGAUUAUCUUUGGUAUAUGAACUAUUACACUGAAUGACAUUUUAGUGGGUGUCUUCUGUAAAUCAUAGCAAAAAUGUAUGAUAGUCAUGAUAGUCAACACAUAAUGUAUGUGGAAAAUAUUUAAAGCUGUAUUACACUUUUUUUUUUUUUAAUUGCAAUCUCAUUUUUGUCAAAAAGUGAAUGAAACAUUUUCAAGAGAGCGGUGGGUGAUUAUUAAAGUUUUAAAUAAGACACAACUCUUUAAAUGGAGAGUUCAAAUCAGUGGUCUAGAUCAGGGUAGAAAAUGGACAUUUAUUUCUAAAUUAUAACAGUGUUGAUGCAGUAGCAGCUCCUGUCCAUAAUUUAGGUAGGGCAAAUUCUGGGUCUUAGCGUUAGUUUAUGAUAAACAUUUUGUAAGCUUUAUAUUUUAAAAGCUGAACACAAUUUUAAACUUAAGAAUUUAUACUUUCAUUAAAUUGAUACACUACUCCACAUAGAAAGAACAGACAUGCCAACUAGUUACUGACCUGAUGCAGACUAAUAUACAUAUAGCUGAAGCGAAUUGAUAUUGUCAUAAGCAUAUUAAGGAAAAAAAGAUGCACGACCCCUUUAAAUGAAGCUGAAAUCAUGCCAUUUUGAGAAUGAAACCAAACUGUUUGUUCCUCAGUAUCUUCAUGUUUCACUCUGAAUGUUUCUUCAGUCUUCACAUCUUCACGCUCCUCUUUAAAAAACACAUUUUUUGUUUGUUCCUCAGUAUCUUCUUGUUUCACACUAAAUGCUUUGUCAAUCCUCAUUUCUUGCCUCCUCUUUAAUAAACGCCAUCUUUAUAAUAGUAUGUCACGUGGAUCUCAGCAUGUGUCGUCAGCGUGCGGCGAUUCAAGCGCUUUGAAACAUUUAAUCAUUUUGAAAAGCUGUUUCCCUUUCGAGAGUGGUCACUUCGACACUGCGACAGCUUUACUGCGGGAACUCCUCCCCUUCUCCGAAACUUCUGAAGAUUUUAUAGGCUAACGCCAGUUAGAAAAACUGGCCAAUUGUCAUGAGCUAUGCAAAUACUAACAGGCUUACCUGUAUAAGGUGGCAGAGCGACAACUGCGUCAGAAUCUUCUCCUUCAUGCUACUGCCAUAGUCAAAGACGUAGAAGAACCUGCUCUCUUCACCGCAUCCGAUGGCAACGUUUUGCAGUAUCAGCGCGGGCCCCAUCGACCUGCCGGACCCACACGAGCAUCGCAUCGCCUCGCCUGCCUGGGCCUGGCCCACACUGAGGCCUAGUCAAGACUGUGUACACUGCGCGGACUUGCCUGUUCAUGUGCUGAGGACUCGGAGGAAAACUGCUUGUAGCAUUAAGGGGGCAAGGCCCACUGCUGGCAAGGAGACGAUGGUGCCCCCCCCCUUGGGACGAAGAUGACGACACGCCCCCAGGCUGCCAUCCUACAUCUAUGCCCCGUUCACCUGUCCUUUUUGUCCUCCUGCCAUCGCGGACUUCGUUUCCAUCAGUGCCAGAGAGGAGGACGACUCCAUGUCCAUCUUGGCUUCUGAGAAGGACUGGGCUGAGUCAGAGCCAGAUCGUUCCGAGGCAGAGGGCCCUACUGAUCUCCACGACCAGUUCGCUAGGGUCCUUGCAAAAGCAGUUAAGGAAUUCGUUGACACGUUUAUUGUUAACGGACCGUUUCCCCGCCAGCACACUUAACCUCGCUGGGGCAGGGCUCCGGUCUGCAUACGUCACCGCCAGCAUCCUUGACUGAAAGAAUACGGCCGCCAUGUCAGUUCAUAGGCGUGUGGAGAGCCAUUCAGGCAUCUUCCCUUGGUUGCUGAGUAUAAUUCAAAACGGGUAUUCCCUUCAGUUCAGAUGCAGACCGCCCCCGCUUUAGCAGCAUGGUUCCGUCUGUGACGUCGCCUCAAAAUGCCCCUGUGUGUCUAGUCUGCUCGCGAAAGGAGCGAUAAAGCGAAACCUAGAGCGGAUUUUACAGCUGUUAUUUCGUGGUGCCCAAGAGACCGAUCCUGGUCUUCAGACCCAUCAAUCGAGCGCUUCACAAGCUUUUUUUCAGAAUAAUAACUGUCAAAUUGAUUCUGGCACAAAUCUCUCCCAGGGACUGGUUCAUGUCUGUGGAUUUAAAGGACGCAUUCUUUCACAUUCAAGUAGCGACGCGCCACAGGUGCUUCCUGAGAUUCGGCUUUGAGGGCACGGCGUACCAGUAUUAAGUGCUCCCGUUCGGUAUGGCUUUGGCUCCGCGCGUGUUUUUGAAGUGUGUAGAUGCAGUGCUUUCCCCUCUCAUAGAGAGUGGUAUGCGCAUUCUAAAUUAUCUGGACGACUGGCUGAUUCUGGCCCAUUCGCGGGAUGGGCUUCUUAGUCACAUAGAUGUAUUGCUUUGCCACUUGGAGUCCCUAGGGCUGCGUGUGAAUAUGCAGAAAAGAUUUCUGAAGAUUUUAUAGGCUAACGCCAGUUAGAAAAACUGGCCAAUUGGCCAAGCUAUGCAAAUUGCAUGCAAAUACUGACAGGCUUACCUGGCGGUAUAUAAGAUGGCGGAGCGACAAUUGCGUCAGAAUCAUGAUUGAACGCUUACCCAGCUGAUCGAGCAGCGGGCACGGCGGCUUGUGCAGUGUCUCGUUCCCGUCUCUCAGGGAACCAAGGUUACGAUAGUAACCAGAGUUUCUGCAUGCUCAGUUUCUCUAUCAGGUAGUUGUAGAUGUCAGGUGACUCAACCGGAGAUAAUCCCGUCAGAUCGUCCAUCCAUUGAGUGAGCAUGUACGGGUUGGCCAAUCUGGUUCCGUCCAUUAAAGUUAACUUUUUCAAAUAACAAUCGCAGAUCCGAACAGUGAGUGACCUUACAUAUUCAGACUAAAUUGGAUUUUCUCCAGUCAUUGUUAAAAAUAAACAAGCUAACAACACUUACUAGCUAUUGUUAGUGAAGUGGUCAGGGGAAUCGUUCUGUCUCCACCUAAGCUCCGCCCACACAAAAAAACAUCACAAUUGCUGCAUCUGAAAACUUAGGCAGCUGACUUGUUGCCUCGCUGCAUGUUCACCGACAGCUGAUUAAUGACUGUUGCAAUCAAAUUUCACCUCUGACAAAAUUCUGGCAGUGUCAGGAGUUUUUAAGCACAGUCCUGCAGUGCGGCUUCUCCUACUACAGCCGUCAAAUCAAACACCAAUUAGAGCGCAGAACCUGAUGAUGCACAACUGAGAUCCUACAGUGUGACAUGGCUUUACAGCAGGGAUCAUGUUCAUACAGUCUGACAAGCAACAGUCAUAAAGGACUGUAAUGUAUCCGACCUAAAACCCACCCAAAACAGACAUAAAACUUGAUCACCCCUGAUUAUACAGUACACUACAGAAAGGUAUACAGUAAACUAUAUAUUAAUUCUUGCAAAAAAAAUUUGUACAAAAAGCCAAAUUUAUUAAGACGCACUCUUUUCAGAAAUUUAAAGUGAACUGAAGGUAAUUAUUGAUUAAAAAUGACUAUAUCCCUAGAAAAAUUUACAUUGAAAUGUGAUUUUUUUUUUUUUUUAAGAAAACUGCAGAGAUUUCUGUGGAGUUCAGCAGAUGUAAACUGUGCCUGUGUUCACUCAUUAGUCGUCACAUUAUGUUGGUGUUUUGGUUUCAUUUUCAUGGAUUUUCAGUUUGUAUUGCUUCAUUUUCUGUGUUUCAUUCAUCAGUUCACAGCGGUUUCGUAUUUAGUUCAUUAUUUUGUGUAUAUAUAGCCUUCUGUUCACUUCGUUCAUUGUCUUGUGUUGGUUUUGUAUGGAGCACACGGUUUCAUUUUAUUUUUGUUUUGGAUUUCACUUGCUUUGUUAAAGCUAAGCUGUUUUAUAUGAUCCACUAUGCUCUCCAUAUCAUCAUCAUCAUCAUUAUCCUAACGUAACAUAGUCAGUGAUUAGAAUCACUCUACUAAGGCAGCAACUCACAUAAAUUACAUUGAAGACUUUUUAUUGAUUUCAUUAAAAAUCUUUGAAAUACCCCCUUUUAAUUAGACUGAACCUUUUUAUCAAUACCUUCUGCUAUUUAAUAAAUCACAUUAAAGGGUUAGUUCACCCAAAAAUGAAAAUUCUGUCAUUUAUUACUCACGCUCAUGCCGUUCCACACCCGUAAGACCUUCGUUAAUCUUCGGAACGCAAAUUGAGAUAUUUUUGUUUAAAUCUGAUGGCUCCGAAAUCUGACAUUUCCUCUCUCAAGAUCCAUAAAGGUACUAAAAACAUAUUUAAAUCAGUUCAUGUGAGUACAGUGGUUCAGUAUUAAUAUUAUAAAGCGACAAGAAUAUUUUUGGUGCACCAAAUAUUUUCUUUCUUUCUUUU